ACAGAUGCAUGUCAGUGGUCGAUGACGGUCACUACUAAACUAAGGCAGAAUUAGUUAUGUGAGUCAAGAGUGUCAUUGUUUUAUUUUUUGUUUGUUUUUGUUUGUUUUUAAUUUAUUAAAGACCUAUUUGUGUUACAGUUAUUGAUUUAAGUAAAACAACAACAACAUCAACAAUUUAAUGAGCAUGAUUUUUAUUUCAUUCACUAAAUGGUUCAACAUGAACUCCAGUAGAUAUGGAUUAUGAAAGCCCUCAGCCAAAAGUCGAGAUGGUGGCCAGUCUUCAAUCCCGCAAGGAUUCUCUGGAAGCAAAGCUGAAGGAGAAGAAUGAAGAACUGAAAGCACUAUGUAUUCAAGAAGCUGAGUUGACGGGUGUGUUGCCUCCAGAGACUCCCCUUGAGGCAGGGGAAAGUCCUCCAGUCUUUCGCAGACGAGUAGGAACAGUCUUCACCUAUCCUGAGAACCUCAUCAACAAGCUCAAGUCCAAAGAGGAAGAAUCACUGGCUACUUUGGAGUUAGAAUUUAACAUCCAAACUGGAAUUGCUGAAGCAGCAAGAAGUCUUGCUAAUGAUUCAACAGCAAGCAAAGCUGCACGGCGCAAGCACCGUGUAGUGUAUCAACAGAGUCAGCGGCGGUUGUUGGAGCUUGAAGCAAGACUUAAUCUUUUGCGCCAGGCUUCACGAUGUCCUCUCAAACAACGAAAGAAACCUAGACCUCCGCUCGAAUCAGAAGUAGACAAUGGAGUGAGUGCAGACAUGGUGAAUGGCGUCAGUUUGUCGCCAGUGCAGGAGAAGUUGUAUCACCAAAGCCACCAGAUGAGCAAACAUCAACAUCAGUCGCUGAAUCUAGUAACUGAGAGAAGUCACACAGUACCUUCACGAUACAGCAGUGCGCGGGAACCCGUUGUUAACUUACCCUUGCACAACUACAAUCGUAAUUCUCACAGGCAAGUGCAUUCUGAAGUACCAUACACGCAAAAUUGGGCCUAUCAACAAUACCCUCGUGAAAUGGAGAGACAGCAGCGAAUUAAUUAUGACUCUCAAGGUAAUAGAUGCAAAGAAGGAAACAACUGGUAUAACACUGCUCCCACCUCACGCUAUUUGGGGGUUGGAACAAAACCUGAAGAAGAUGACAGAGAGAAAUCUGUACGCUACCGUGACAGGUUUGGAAGUCUAGACCGCCGACGGGGUGGAGGGGCAUGCAGCAGUGUAGAGAGCUUAGAGCCAGACCUGCGCCAGAGUCCAGUCCAUCAUCGAUUGUACCCACCGGCCCACCAUCAUCCCCCACCCACUGUACUGCUGCCCAACCAGACCUACCCUGAGAACAGUCUGAUGCACACUCAGUCUGUAGGGUCGGACCACUCGUCUCGUCGUAGCAAGGAGAAGGACUGGUUUGAGACAGCAUUAGAUGCAGGACCUCGCCCUACUCCUACCCCGCCACCAAUUCAUCCUCACCAUUCUGGCAGUGAAGGAGACCCCGCCGAAAUCCAUCUACCUGUUACUCAGCAACUUUCCUUUGACACAGUGGUGCCUUUCGAAUCACCCAAAAACCAUACAGUAGUGCAAGCUGGUAUGUGGCAGCCAUAUCGGGAAGUGACAAAGCCGUUUGAAAUGGCAGAUUUCUACAAGUACAGCACAAAGUUUCGCAAAAAUGCAGCAGGGCUACCUCCUGUACCACAACAAAAGGCUCUCUACCAACCACUACAGCCAAUGACCUGUCAACCUCUUGUACCACAGGAGUCUGUCAGUGAAGUCGGUGCUAGCUCAACACAAGAUAAAAUGGCUGCUGUUACAGGCUCCAGCAGUCUCACAGAUACAAAUGUGGGUGAUAGAUUCUCUCAUGAGAUGUUGUCUUGGUAUCAGGACCAGAGUGCACCACAGCCACGUUCUGCCACCCUUGUGUAAUAUACAUCCACUAAACAACAUUGUACAUUACUUUGUGCUCGCACUGAUCUCAGGUUCAUACUUAUUUAAUCAUCUUUAAUGUAAAUUUUACUGUCAUAUUAACUUAUGUCACUUUCAUGUUGAAAUGUACAAAGUCUGAUGGACACUUCGGCUUAAGUUUAAUUCCCUUUAAGGGUCACUCUAUUUUUGGAAGAAUUAAGCUGAAUUAUUAAGUGAACUUGUUUUGUCAUGGAUAAAGAAGAAGAGUAAUGUUGUGUAUUUGUAAUCUAUAUUUAUUUUUAAUUGUUUUAUUUGAUAAGACAUGAAAACACUUUCAACUUAUUGAUUCUAAUAGUUUUACUUUAAUUUAUUUAUAUAAAUUAUGUUUAAAAGCUAAAUUCAAUCUAUUUUUAGGAUGUAGAUUUCCAAAAAAUCAUCCAUACAAAAUAUAUAUAUAUAUAUAUAUAUAAUUUAUUUUUAAAAUAAGCUAUCUUAUCUUCUUUGUUCUUGAAUUUUAUUUAUUUUAUCAUUUGUAUUCAAAAUACAGUUUGUUAAUUUAGCAUGAUAUUUGUUGUGACAUAAUUGUACCGUCUAUUCAAAAAUUUUUAUGAAACUGCUUAUUAAAUAAUGCAUUGAAGUAUUCAGCCCAAACACUUUUCAUUCAAAUUCUAAAUUUCUUUAUUCACACAUGUACAGGUUACAAGAAUAGCAUCAAUAUAGAUUUAUAUUCCCAUUGCAUGAGCAUAUACAAUUUUAUUUCACAUUUAUAAAAUAAAAACCAUUAACUGGCAGAGAUUGGCCCUGUAGGAUUUUAUAAAGUAAGCUACGACAAAAAAAAUCAUUACAAAUAUUACAGACAGUGCAUCUACAACAGUGUGUACAUUUACAUUUGUUUUAAUGGCAUUGUCAACACGAUUUUAGAACUUACCAUGUAGAUUUUGAUUUAUUAGUAAAAUUCAUAAUUUUAUGAUUUGAACUGUUUCUGUUCAUUAUAAAUAAUUAAUCUGUAAUUUAACUUCCCUUAACUAUACUCUUUAUCAAGUGUUAAAAGUUUGUUAUUUUUAAUUUUAACAUAAUUUGAAAUCCACUUAACAUGAUCUUUUUUUCUAGUUGUAGUAAUUUGGGAAAGCUAGUUUCAAAGGCAUAAGCAUAUAUAGAAUAAAAAACAUUAUAUUUGGUUUUAACAGUAGGCUGAUAAAACAUCCAACCAAUUUUCUUGUGCCAGAAAUUACAAAAAUAAAUCUAUAUCAGCCUUUGUAAAUUUUCUACAGUUUGUUUUCAUUUAUAUAUAGUAUAUAUAUAUUUGUAUCCUCUAAACCGGAAAUUUCCAAUAAUUGUUCCUCAUGGUCUGAUAAAAGUGUGUUAUAGUACCAGAUGUCUUUAACUUUUUGCAUUUCAGUUAGUAAUAAAAUUAUCUAUUUCAGUUUCGAAUUCUAACGCAACUCAAUUAGGAAAGUAUACUUUAUACUCUAAAUCAUAUGAAUGUAAAAUAUAAUUAAAAGCAUUUUAAGUUUAAUCUUCAUUCAAAACAUUUAUGUUUAAGUCUCCUGCAAUAAGAACAUUCCUGUGUUUUUUGCACAAUGAAUCACAAAGGAAAUCAAGUUUGUCUAAAAAAGAUUCAAGAGAUUGGUGGGGAGAAUUGUAUAUGCAUACCAAGAUAAAUUAACAUUUAUUUACAGUGAUUUAUGAUAAACAACAUUCAAAUUCUUUAUUUACAAGAAGUCUUUGUAUGACAGGGAUUGAUAUUGAUAUUUUUUACUUUUCGUGCAAUUUUUAACCAGUAUCAAUACACCACCGUCCAAUGAAUGACGUCUUGUGAAAAAUGGACAGGUUUUUUACAUUCAAAUAUGUGAUUUCUGUUUCAGUUAUUUUAUGUUCUGAUAUUGCGACAACAUCAUGUUGAAUUUCAUUUAGAUUAAUGUUUACUAUGUUUAGGUGUGAUGACAAAUGUUAAAUGUCGUAAUGUAGUAUUUUGAGGCAUUGAAAUGAAUGUUGUUUAAAUUAUUAUUUAAAUUGUAAUAAGAUUUUGCUAAAAGUACGAUUGCUAAAAUAACUGUUAUUAUCAUUGUGUUUAAGUUAGUUCCUACCUUAUUAAUAUCUAUACCAAUAAUAUUACAGACUAAAGCAGAAAUGUCUUCAUUAUCGUAAAACACUAGUAUAAAUUUGGAGAAGACAAACAUAAAUCACUAUCACUCUUGCCCAUGGAUUUUUCCAUUUUUUACUGGAAAUUGCUUUUGAUGUAAUAGCAUUCACAUUACGUAUGUCUAAUGAUACAUUUUCACAGAAGUCUAAAUGUAUACCUCUAGAUGAUGUAGUUCCCAAUAUUUCAUUUAGACUGUUAAACACUUGAUUCCUUGGUCUAUUUGAUUUCACUAUGCUGUGGAAGGGAUUGUUGGACAUGAGAUAUUGCCAUCAUCAAGUGUUCUUGCAUUAAUUUGCCCUUCUAGAUGAUGCUGAUGGAUGUUCUUCUUUUGCGCUGUCAUCAUGGGAUGUCCCAGAAGUUGUUGGAUGAUGCUUUCCAUCUUCUUAAUAAAAACUGCAUACUCUAAGCCAUUGUACAAUCCAUUGUUGAUCUUUUUCAUAAGAAAAAAUUGUCACUUCUGCUCCAGAGGAUUUCUGAAAUUCUAUUAGAUUAGAUAAGAAAUGUUUUAAUUGUAUUUUAUCACUAACAUAGACCAUUGGUAAACAAAAGAGAUGUUUGUAUCCUAUAUUUGAGUCUGCAGUUAAUUAAUGGAAAGCUGUGUCAUAGUCUGUAGUAGUUGGUUUGUCAAAAUGUCUUGUCUUCUUAACAAGUCCGUAUAUGCCAGCUUUGCCCUUCUAUUUGUUGAUAGGUUAAGUGUGAGUGGUUAAUGGCUUGCCGAAAUUUCUGGUGAAAACCACUGUGAAACUUGCUGUCAACGUGUCCGUCUAAUCUGCUGAUAUAAAAAGGCUGAAGCUGUAUUUUGAUAAUUUCUGAAUUGAUGAAUAUUACUUUGUUCCUGUUUUCGUUUUUAAUUUUGCUAGAUUUAGUUUUUGUUGGGUUACUACUGGCUUGAGACAUUGACCAAAUGACAUGUGCCUCAGCUGAAGUAUUGCUGAGCUCACUAAGGAAAGUUACACUCAAUGACAUUAUACAUUUCUGCUGUAAGACAACUUUAUCUUGCUUGAUUCCUCUUGUAGCACCAACAAUCAUUUGGCAAAUCUUUCCUUCCCCAGCUUGUUGAGAUAAGGCCAUGUUUGGUGUAAAAAUGUCUAGGCAGACUGAAUAGGCAUUAUAGAGAUACAGAUUAUUCCGGUAUUUUUUACUCAAUUGCAUUACAUCCUUUCACCAAUAAAUUAAAGUAAUAAGAGGAACAGUUAAUGAAGAAUCAACUCCACCAGCUGAACAUCUGCCUAAUAAAGACUGUGAAGAAGUCUGUGAAACAUUUCCUCCUUUUAUACAAAUUUAUGUAGUUUGAUGUUUUUGCUCGAUUUGUAUUUUAAGUAAACAUUGACAUAUUACAAUACAAUAAUCACAGUUAGUAAAAAAUGUUCAAAAAACAUGGUUGGGUGUUUCUGAUUUGGUCUUAAAUUUGGUAUCCACCAAUCAGUUCUAAAUUCAUGGCAUUUAUGCAUUAUGUAAAUUUUUAACGUUAUGAACAAAUUGUUUAUUUGGAUGGAAACAUACAUAAUUAUUUUUGAUAAAAUCAAAUGGACUUUUGGAUUGCAUUUGUAAAAAAUCCUACCCUUUAUUUUCUGCUAAAAGAAGUAGCAUUUUGUAAGAAUAUUUAAGUAACAUUAAUGAGCUCAAAUGUACCAUUAGAAUAUGUUUUAGCCUAUUUUCAUAAUAAGCAUAUUUUUAGACUUUGAAGUAGUGUGCGAGAUUUUUACAGAUGCAAGCCUGAAAAAAUUUAUAUUUCUUGUAAUAAAAUAUAAAAUCCAGCCCUGCUACUCUGCAUAAUAUUUUAAGCAUAUUUAAAUGAAAGAAAGAUUAUAAUGACAGUUGAGAACUUUUACUAAUUUAUUCAAUUGUAGUAUCAUUUGUAAAUUAGCUAUGUGUAUACUGCAUAAUAUCAAAGAAUAAUGUGUCUUCAAUCAAAACUUCAUUCUAUUUUUAGUAGUUUUAGAAAAUGUUGUCAUAAAUAUCACCUUAUGUUACAUAUUUUUUGUACAGUAGAACCCCGGAUAACCAAGCCUCUACCAACUGAGGCUUCUGUUGACUGGGGAUAUUCUCAUGUUAAGAUAAACUAGUCAGGUACUGCCACUCAAGUGGGAAUGAGUGUGCCAAGAGCAGCCGGCCAGUGCACUAACCUUGAACUGUUCACAGUGAGGUCACGUAUAGGGUUGAUUCAAAAAGAGUUCCGUUUUUGAUAUAUCAAAUGAAGAGAUUUAUUUUAAUGAAAAUCUAAAAAUAAAUACAUCCAACAUGUUCAUAUAUUCCAGUUUCACAUAUUAAAAAUUAUUUUGUGCAUGAGGCCUCUUCUACUGAGCUGGCAAGCAACAACUCCAUGAAUGUCCAUGAAUUUCACUAUGUCUGCUCAACAAGUUUCCACUUGCAUUUCGCCGACAACCCGUCAAAUUUCCUCCUUCAAGUCCCUGUUGUUUCGGGGUUUAUUGGCAUACACCAAUGACUUCAGAUAACCCCAAAGACGAGUCACAAGGUGUCAAGUCACAUGGCGGUUGUUAACGAAAUGAGAGUGGAAACUUGUGGAGUACAUUUAAAAAAAUAUAAAUUCACUUGAUGGAGGUAUUAUUAUUGGUUCCUCAUUGUUUUCAACCACUCUCAUUAUUAAGUGAGAAUUUCAUUAUUUUAGGUAACUAUCUACCAGCUUUUUAACCCCUCCCCCACCAAGUUUGUCGAGGUUCUACUGUAAUUACAAAUAGGUUAGUGAUGUUAUCUAAUGUUAAUAAUAGGAAUUACAUUACUUUAUUAAAUAAGUACUAUUGCUGUUUUUAAACAUUUAAAAGGUAUAAUACAACUAUUGCAUGAAAUUGAAGACUGAGAUAUUUUUAAAUUUAAAAAAAGCUCAUUUCUUUCCUCUCUGGUGCUGUGUAUAUAUGUAUUAAGGCUUUAAUGUUUAUAUUUGUUAUAAAUGCAUCUUUUCAAAUCAUUCAUCCUAAAACUAAUUAUACUUAAAUUAUAUUUUCAAUUUAAGUGUAACUACAAUACUUUUACACAAUUACACAAAGUUACAUACAUUCAUUAAUAAAGGCAAAUGCUAAUAUUAUAAUAUUUCAAUCUUGUAGUAUGUUUCUUUUUCUAACUGCCAUAUAUAUUCCAGAUUUUGAUUUUGCCGUAGGCUCAGCAAAUUGUUACACUGUAAAAGUUUGUUUUUUAUUUGCGAAAUAUUCUAGGAGAUAUUUAACUGCUUAGCGCAAGUAAAAUUUUAUUUUUUUUAAUUAUCUAAAAUGGACACAACCUGAGUUAGAUGGGACACAAAUAGUUCCCCCAUCCGGUUUGUGACCAGGCAGAGAAAAGUUUCGGUACUAAUUGUAUGAUCCCUGUGAGAUAAUAGCAGCUAAAAGCCUUUUCAAUAGCUUUUGAUGGGUAUAAUUGGACAUACUGUUAUUUCUAUUCUUCAUCUAUUACAUAGCUUAUUUUCAAAAGCCACAUGCUAGUUUUGCCAUUUAGCCUCUAGCCAUAUUCUUGUUGUGCUUAUAUUAUUCCAUUGUGAGUAAAGUAAAAUAUUUAUUGGUUUCAAGUUUAAUAUAGGUAAAUUAUUUACUCAUAUUAAAUAAAUUAAUUUAGUUUAAAUUUGGCCAAAUAUACACAGGUUAAUCUUGUAUGCAGGGAUGUGCGUCUUGGAAUGGCUUAGUAAUUUUAGAAUGGUUUCAUUUAAAAAAUGGAUUCUCUUACACAGUUAUUUCAUACCUCCAGAGCCACACACCCAUCAGAAGCAUAAAAAAUGUAUUUGAUUUCUCAACUUAAUAAUAUUAAUGAUUUUUUACAGUAUGUAAUUACCACAAACUGAUAGAUUUUUUAUAUUUUAAUGCUUCUUUAAAAUGGAUGAAUGGAUGGAGGGACUUAAGCUUUGAGUCUUAAUACAUUUUUGUAUCUGAAAAAAUUAUAAUGUCAUUACUAGAAAUUCUCAACACUGAUACACUAGGUGCAUAAUAAGUAUAUAUGAUGUAUUGAGUUUAAAAAAAAAAACUAGGACUUUUAAGUGAACCAUAUGCUUUCUCAGAUUUAAGUAACUUGGUUAGAAUACAUAAAUGCUGUAAAAAAAACAAACAAUAAUUUAUUAAAAACAGUGUAUUUCAUAGACACAAGAGUAAUGUGUAAUGCAGAUCGUAAUAAUGUGGAAAAAUGUUUUCACCUUUGAAUGAAGACAACAUUAUUUUAUUGUAUACUAUGGGUCUGUUUAAAUGACUUAAGUUCAUAUUAAAGUUGAUGAACUUUUUAUUACUGCUUUACUGCUAAGUAUAACAAACUUAUAGUGUGUAUUGGUAUUGACUAAUAUGAGUUAAUGGAGAUACAUAAAGUAUUUUCCUUCUUUAUAUGAUAUGCAAUGAUUUUCUAUUUGAAAUGACUGAAUAGUUUGUAAGUUUGUCACAAAAAAUACAAAUGCAAACUUUGACAAUAAGUAGGUAAGCUAUGUUGGUUCCUUGAUACCAGUGCCUUGUUCUCAGUUUGACCAUGGAAACACAUACCUUAAUUAGUAAAAAGUACUCUAGUUUAUACAAGAUUCAAGAAGCUUUAAUUUAUAUUUUCUAUUUUGGUAAGUUAUUGUUAAUAAAACUAAUUUAGAGAAAUA